AUGGCCGAAACCGCAACAACAACAGCAACACCUGAAAAGGUGGUGUUCACCUUUGAAGAACAGGUAAAUUUUAUUCUUUUUUAACGAAUUUUAUAAUAAUUUAUGUUUUUUGUAAAAAUGAUGAGUAUGAUUGGCGUUUUUAGUUUCUUAGUUUGAUAAUUUAUGUUUUUAGGUGUUAUCAUCAUGCUCUCUUUACUCUAUGGCUCUACUAUGCGUGGUAUGGGGUUCAAUUCGAUCAGUUAAACUGAUUAAAACACAUGUUGCUAAAAAGCGGAACAUUGAGAGUUCGAUAGGAUGGAAGGAAGCCACCAGGUUUCCACUGACGGCUAGUUUCGUUCUGUUUGGAUUAUAUGUUGUGUUCAAGUAUGUUUUUUACUUUUUUAAUCUUUAAACUGACUUUGUGAUUUAACUGUAUUAUCUAUAAGAUUUUCAACCUUUGGUUUUAGAGGACCUUAUCCAGUAGCUGAUGUUCUCGCUCAGAAGGUUCAGCCUUACGUACCAGAAGAAUACUUUGUGUAUGUCGAGAGUGGGAGAGACUACUUCCUGGUCAAGAACAACACAGAUGAAGCUCCAGUGAGAUUCCAGUUUGUGAAGGACUACUACUAUAAAAUCAAAUCCAGCGAUCCCCGCCUGGAGGACUUUGUGAACGAUGCCACUACUUACAUCGAGCCUUAUGUUCCAGAAGUUAACAAGAGCAAGUUGGCCUACUGGUUGCUGGUCUUGUUGGUUUACGAAGGAUGUUCAGCUCUGGCUGUUUUGUUCAAGCCUGUAGUUUCAUUUGUUCUACGGUUGUUACCUAUUGGAGACAGAUGGCCGAAGAAGAACACUACCUACUUGUGGUCGAUCAAGAAGGGAAAGAAGGAAAUGGAGGAGGGCGACAUUGUUUACGCUAGCCACAACGAAACUGUAAGGUUUGGUGCUUUUUUGUAAAGUUUGAAUAUUUACAACAUUUUUUAACUCAAUUUUUAACCAACAACUUAGGAAUCUCUUGUUCACAUCGAGUACGACUGUCACUACCUUGGCACUUUGCUGUUGACUGGUAUCUUUGUCGGCGUCUCUCACUUGUACCGACGACACUGGAUCACUAACAAUUUGUUGGGUAUUGGAUUUUCGGUUUAUGGAAUCGAGAAUCUUCAUUUGGCUAGUUUCAAGGUAUGUACUCAUUACUUUUACGUUAUUUCAAAGUUUAGGCCGGACUAUUCUUGUUGAUUGGACUAUUCUUCUACGACAUUUUCUGGGUAUUCGGAACUGAUGUCAUGACCACUGUUGCCAAGUCUAUUGAUGCCCCGAUUUUGUUGCAAUUCCCACAAGAUAUCUUGAGAGUUGGAUGGUUUGAAGCCAGCAAGUACAGCAUGCUCGGAUUGGGUGAUAUUGUUGUGCCAGGAAUCUUUGUCGCCUUGCUGUACAGAUUCGACCACUACGUGGGAUCAAAGAAAACCGAAAAGUCAAAGAACAGAUACUACUUUGCUGCUGUCAUUGUCGGAUACAUGGUCGGACUACUGGUUACCAUGGGCGUCAUGCACCAUUUUAAGGUAGCUUUUAUUUUUUAUCAGAGUAAUAUAAAUUUUUGAUUAAUGACAAUUAAUUUUCAGGCAGCUCAACCUGCUUUGCUGUACCUUGUACCCUCAUGCAUCAUCAUCCCCCUGAUCUUGGCCGUGAUCAGAGGAGAGUUCAGCGAACUGUGGAACUACACAGAAGAACACAUCGUGAACCCAGAAGAAGCCAAAGAGAAAGAAGCCGCCAAGAAAUCGCAGAAGAAGAAGGACAAGAAGUCAGAAUAA